GGCGGAGUAGCAGCGCUCUGCGUGGCCGCACAGCGCUGCUCUCAGCUCGGCUCCGUGUUGUUGCUGUUACCUCCCCACUCAUGCGGACCCCGUUGAGGCUCAUGGACUAACCGAAGCUCUGUGUGCUGCUGCUAGACGGUUACGGACUCCACCAUGGCUGCUAAAGAGGACCUCUACAGCAAAAUCCUCCCUCGGAGGCUCCGGCAGAACCGACCGGGCUCGAUGAAAUGCGGAUCCAGCCUGGACGUGCUGCUAUCCAUGGGCUUCCCCAGACCAAGGGCACUCAAAGCUCUGGUGUCAACUGGAGGUCGGAGUGUGCAAGCAGCAUGUGACUGGCUGUUUUCCCACGUGGACGACCCGUUCCUGGACGACCCUCUGCCCAGAGAGUUUGUCCUCUACCUGCGACCCAGUGGACCUCUACAGAACCAGCUCUCACACUUCUGGCAGCAGAGCAGAGUCACUUGUGGCAAAAACAAAGCCCACAACAUUUUCCCCCAUAUCACCCUCUGCCAGUUCUUUAUGUGUGCAGACCACAAAGUAGAAGCUCUGUGUGAGGCCCUCCAGGCCACCGUACAGCAGUGGCGGGGUCGGUUUCCCACCCCGCUGCCUCUAGAGCUCUACACAUCUUCUAACUUCAUCGGUCUUUUCGUGGAGGAGCAGGUGGCCGAUGUCCUCAAGCAGUUUGCAGCAGACUUUGCUACAGAGGCUGCCAGGAAAGCAGAAGUCCAUGUGGAGCCUCACAAGAAGCAGCUCCACGUAACUCUGGCCUACAACUUCCCCACCGAUCACCUCCCAUCACUGGAGAAGCUAGCUAAGGGCAUCGAAGUCAAGCUGGGGUGUGAUUGGUUGGCUGUUCUCUUCUCCCGGGACAUUCGUUUCGCUAACCAUGAGACCCUGAGGGUGAUGUAUCCCUACAUGCCACAGAACGAGGACGAGCUGGAGCUGGUCCCUGGGGAUUUUGUCUUCAUGUCUCCAGUAGAUCAGAGUAGCACCAGUGAGGGCUGGGUGUACGGGACCUCGCUGGCCACCGGGCUCUCCGGCCUGCUGCCUGAGAACUAUGUCAGCCUGGCCGAUGAAUCCGACACCUGGGUCUUCCAUGGCUCCCACUCAUUCUUCAGCUGUGGGCCCAGUGACAAGACCAGUAAAGAGAGAGGGAUGUUUGAUGGCCUGCUGGACAGCCGUCGCCCUGAUAACACAAGUCCUGGAGACACUCCCACCCUCAGUCUCAUCUGCCACCCAAUGCAGCAGGUCCUGCGGAUCAGCGGUGGUCACUCUCGACAGCCCAAGCGAACACUUUUUGUCUGCCGGCACGGUGAGAGGAUGGAUGUGGUCUUUGGCAAACACUGGUUCUCCCUCUGCUCAGACAGUAAAGGCAGAUACGUACGUUCCAACCUGAACAUGCCUCCCAGUUUGCCUCUGUGGGGUGGACAGAGAGACUAUGACAUGGAUGCUCCUAUCACUGUGUUUGGAUCCACACAGGCUCGACUAGUAGGUGAAGCCCUGUUAGAGAGUAACACAGUGAUAGACUUUGUGUACUGCUCUCCUUCUCUGCGAUGUGUUCAGACUGCACAGAACAUCCUGAAAGGUCUGCAGCAGGAAGGUAAGCUGAAGGUGCGGGUGGAGCCGGGGCUUUUCGAAUGGACCAAGUGGGUUUCUGGGAACUCUCUGCCUUCAUGGAUACCUCCCACUGACCUGGCUGCUGCCCACUUCAGUGUGGACACCACUUACAGACCUCUGAUCCCAGUCAGCAAGCUCACUGUGUCUGAGUCCUAUGAGAACUACAUGAGUCGGAGCUACCAAGUGACCAAAGAUAUCCUGUCAGACUGCAAAAACACUGGAAACAACGUGCUGAUUGUAGCCCACGCUUCUUCCUUAGAGGCCUGCACACGCCAGCUGCAGGGCCGCAGCCCACAGAGCGCCAAGGACUUCAUCCAAGUUGUCCGAAAGAUUCCCUACCUGGGCUUCUGUUCCUGUGAGGAGCAGGGAGACACGGGGGUGUGGCAGUUAGUGGACCCUCCCAUCCUCCCCCUCACACAUGGACCAAACCACACCUUUGACUGGAGGGAGACACUCCUACAAGAAUGACACCAUCUGAACCCUUCAGCCUGAUCAUGCUGUCUCCACAGAUUGCAGUGACAUGUUUUGGACCGUUCCUCUGCCUCCCCUCAAUAAAACUAAAAAAAUAUUGGAACUUUCCUCUUUUCAGCCUCAUCAGCAGCUGGUGGUUUUUCAGAGACGACUGAAGCUUCCUGCCUAAAGAUGAGGAGCUGAGUCCCAGCCAGUGAACGGUGAGGUGAACUGACUGCAUCCAUCCGUGAGCGGUUCAACAAUGAUUAACAAAUGUCCACACUCAGAUGUCAUCAUGUUACUACUAUUUGCAAGCAGAUGUGAGUUUGGCUGGGUCUUUGGUGUUCAGCUGGAUUAUGCUUAGAAGUUGUCAGUCUCAGGAAAUAUUGUGAAAUUAGCAUUAAGAUUCUAAGACAAAUAUUUGUAACAUGAAUGUUUUACAUACAGCAUGAGAGGUGAUAAGAAAGUUCCAAGACUGCCUAUAAAAUCAAUAACUGUACCUGAUGUAGGGCUGCACAGGUGCUCAGUGGUUAGCACUGUCACCUUGCAGCUACAAGAUCCCCAGUUCACAUCCCAGACUAGGAUCUUUCUGCAUGGAGUUUGCAUGUUCUCCCUGUGUGGCUUUUCUCCAGGUUCUCCAACUUCCUCCCACAGUCCAAAAACAUGCUGAGGUUAACUGGUGAUUCUAAAUUGUCCGUAGGUGUGAAUGUGAGUGUGAUUGUUUCCAUAUGUAGCCCUGUGAUAGACUGGUGAUCUGUCCAGGUGUCCCCUGUCUUCACCCUAAUUCAGCUGGGAUAGACUCCAGCCCCCCAUGACUCUAAUGAGGAUUAAGGUGUAUAGAUGAUGGAUGGAUGGAUGUACCUGAUUUAGCUUUGGCUGCCAUCCUCAUCAAUAGAGUAUCCUUGUGCUUUUACACCACUAACAGCACUCCUGCAUCGCCUGUAGCACUCCAUAAAGGUCCAACACCAUCUCUGAUGACUGCUGAAUCUCUUAAAAUGUGUUAAGACAGCAGCUUUUCAACUUUCAGAAUUUUAUUUUGGGGAAGAGAAAGAAAUCACAGGGAGCCAAAUCUGUUAAUCAGUGUGACUGUGGCCAAAAAAACUCUGUGUGUAAUCACCACACUGUGACUGGUCACACAGCACCCUGGACCACUACAGGUCAUCACACCACAGUUUAGAUCAUUUGUGCUGAAUGUUUUCUCUCAGGACCUCGGAACUAUGUGUGUCUGACUCAGGGGGAUAAAUUCCUGGUGCACAACCACAUGAACGAAGAAAACAAUGAGCAUGCUCUAGUUGCACUGCUGACCUGUGAAUACUGUUGUUUCUUCUGUUGGUGGUAGCUGCAGACACAACUGUCACCACCAGUAAUGAUCUUCCACAUGAAAACUGGAUCAUCCAGCUGCUGAAAGAACUGGCUAUUUGUUCUCUGAUCCAAUUUACAUCCAUGAAUAAAGCACCAAUAUGCAACGACCAGUGGUCACAAAAACAAGUGUGUCACAGCAGGUCCUACAUGUUGCAUGUGCACCACAAACAGUCCCUGAACUUUUUGAUCACCACACUCACUCUCAAAUGUUAAAAUACAAUAGAAACAUGGCCCAGCUGUAUUCUGGUUUCCAACAUACACCACCGUUCAAAAGUUUGGGUCACUUAGAAAUGUCCUUAUUUUUGAAAGAAAAUUUUUUUUUAAAAUUAAGGUAACAUUAUAAAUGAUAAAUCCAGUCUAGACAUUGUUAAUGUGAUAAAUGACUCUUCUAGCUGGAAAUGGUUGAUUUUUAAUGGAACAUCUACAUAGAGGUACAGAGGAACAUUUCCAGCAACCAUCACUCCUGUGUUCUAAUGCUACAUUGUGUUAGCUAAUGGUGUUGAAAGGCUCAUUGAUGAUUAGAAAACCCUUGUGCAGUUAUGUUAGCGCAUGAAUAAAAGUGUGAAUUUUCAUGGAAAACAUGAAAUAGUAUGAGUGACCCCAAACUUUUGAAUGGAAGGGUACCUCACAACAUAAAGCAUAAAACCCUCCUACCUUUGCUUUUUACAGAGGAUGAACCGUUGUGAUGUCAGUAAAUCAUGGCAGUUUUCUCCCACUAAUGUUCAGGCUCUAAUGACAAAGUUGUCUCAUCAACAUUAAUUCAUCAAUAGCUGUGUUUCAUAGACUUUUUAUUUACCUUUAAUAUGUGACCUGCUUUGAAAUUUGUGCUUAUUUCACAAUAUUUACUGAGACUGUGGAGCAGCUAUAAUGAGAGUGUAAUAGCUCCCCAGCAGCACUGAAUCACAGGGCUUCUAACCAAAAUGAAUACAGACGGUAUUGCUUGUUCUAAAAUAAAUGACAUCUUUUGUCCUGCUUGCCCCACUUCAGUAGCUGAGAGAAACAUAUCAGCUCUGGCUUGAGAUCUUCAUCAGAGACUCUCCUGAUGCUUCCACUGAAUGUGUCCCGUCAUUGUUGUCUCUGUUAUGGCGCCACAUGUAGCACAUGAAUUACAGCAGUGUCUUCUACAGCUCAUCUGGUGUCUGUAAAAAUGGAACAGUCGCAACUAUAACAGCACAACCUGCACUAUUGACAAUCAUACAGUAGCUUCUUGAUUCUGGUCCAGCAGCAAAUUUCGUGUGUUUGUUAUAUGUUGUUCAAAGGUUUGGAGUAGCUGUAAAUAGUCUUAUUUUGAAAAGAAGUCUUCCAGUUUUAUUUCUAUUUAUUGGUAAGAGUUUCUUUCAGAUGUUACAAGCAAAAAUAUUAAGAGGAUCGUCAAUUUUAACAGCAUGCACCAAUUUAUGCUCUGUAUCUCAGGUGUUGACUGCAUUUACCACACACGUACAUAUGCAGCUUUGAAAACUGUUCAUAGAUUGAGUGACUGUGUUGUGCCUCUUAAUUACAGUGAUGUCUCCUGAUGUACUGACUGCCCACUGGUAGCUGCAGCAGCAGAAACUCCCAUCAGUAAACAGAGGAGGGAGUUUGCUUAGGCACGUGUAGCUUAUUAUUUUCAGUCAACAACCUCUCAGUUCAUCUCAGCAGCAGUUGUCAGCCGAAGCUUUUUCCCAGCAGGGGUUGUUGUGGGAAACGUAGAGUCUAGCAUGUCUUCUGCAGGGAUUUGUUGACUCUGCCAAAGAAUCCACUGGAUGCUGAUCAUUUUAAUGGAAUAGUUUGACACGUUUGGGGAAAAUAUACUUAUUUGCUUUCUUGCUGAAAGUUACAGUGGCACUGUAAGUUUGUGAACCCUUCAGAAUUUUCUGUUUUUGGAUAUACACUACUGUUCAAAAUUUAGGGGUCACUUAGAAAUGUCCUUUUUUUUUUAAAAGAAAAGCAGUUCUCGCUCUCUCUUUUCAGGGGUUCAGAUGUAAAAAAAGCUUCUAAAAUUUAGAACAUGGUCAAUUGGUAAAUAUCGCAACGAACACUGCUGUCAAAAAUACAGUAGUGAUGAUAAAACAUAUAUAUGUCCUUAUGUGUAAUCCAGCCAAGAUAGAACUACACUACUGUUCAAAAGUUUGGGGGCACUUAAAAAUUUUCUUAUUUUGAAAGAAAAGCAUUUUUUUUCAAUGAAGAUAACAUUAAAUGAAUGAUAAAUACAGUCCAGACAUUGUUAAUGUGGUAAAUGACUAUUCUAGCCGGAAACGGCUGAUUUUUAAUGGAAUAUCUACAUAGAGGUACAGAGGAACAUUUCCAGCAACCAUCACUCCUGUGUUCUAAUGCUACAUUGUGUUAGCUAAUGGUGUUGAAAGGCUAAUUGAUGAUUAGAAAACCCUUGUGCAAUUAUGUUAACACAUGAAUAAAAGUGUGAGUUUUCAUGGAAAACAUGAAACUGUCUGGGUGACCCCAAACUUUUGAAUGGUCGCAUAAAUGAUGUAAAACAUUAUCCAAUUUUCACACAAGUCCUCAAAGAUAGAGUAUACAGGUAAAUGAAUGAAAUAAAAUGUAUUACAAUGAGUCUUUUUUCACAUCAGCUUGUUGGAAUUUCAGCCCUUCCACAUAUUCAUGCAGAAAUAGUGAAAAUUCUAAAGGGCUACAAACUGUCGAGCACCUCUGCAGAUCAGACUCGUACCGUCCUCAUGUCUGUCUGCUGAACGUGACAUAAGAGCUAGCAAGCAUUUGGCUUAGCUAAGCUAGCCUGGCUCUGUCUACGUUCAAGAAUAACACACUUUAGAAUUUUACUAAUUGACAUGUUUAAUCUGUACAUACGGUCAAAGCUUAUUUUUUAGCUUUUCAGUGAGUCAAGCUAGCUUUUCCUCUUGCUUCCUUUUUUUUAAUGCUAAGCUAAGCUAAUCCUCUGCUGGCUUUAGCCCACAUGAGAUUGUAAAUGCUCAUCUAAUUCUUGGCAAGAAAGUGAAAAUGUGUGCUUCCAAAAGUGUCAGAUUAUAAAUUUAAAGAGUAUUCAGAGCACUCUAAACUACCUUUGCUUUUAAUGUUAAAAAUAAAAACUAUGUAAACAUGCCUUUACUUUGUUAACUGCAUCAUAACUUGAGUUAGUCGUAACAGGGUCUUUGAUUAAGUCUGGCCAUUUGGACAACUGUCACGCAGAAAUAUCAGGAUCCUCAUCUUUGAAUUCAUUCACGACUUAAACAGCUACUUGGAAAACCUAAUAACACGAUGCUUGACAUGCACAUGAUGCCUAAGUCACCAGAGUCCAUGUUGUGAAAACAGAGGGCUCAGAACAACCAUCUCAGCUGUUUCUUUGUCAACCAUUACCAGUAAUAUUGUUGAAUCCCAUUAAAUCUGGCUGUGCAGCAGUUGCAAAUUCUUUGUUGACACAGGUUGGGUGGAAAGAAAUACACUGCUCCCACAGAAAUGUGAAAGGUUUUCUCUAUUUCAUGAAAUGUAAUUUUCCUAACAUAAAAUAUUGGAGCAUCUUAUGUUGGAUUAAAGAGUAAACUGUGUGUCUGUAGCGAGAGAUACUUUCAUUUGUAUGAUGAAACUCCAAAAGAAGAGAGCUAUGUGAAGGAGUCACAGAGGAAGAAGCCAUGGUGUUCCACUGUUUGUUAUUUAUUGUCUGAACAUAUCACCAAAUGUGUACAGCAAUUAAUUUAAACUUCCUUCUUUUAAAAUGAAAAUCUAUUUGUUCACUUGUAAUUUAAGAUGAAGCGUGUGUGUCUGUACGUGUGUCAGCUGUGUUAAAUGUGUUUUAGUUUUGAAUUGAUCUCCUUUUCGUUGUCGUUGAGUUAUGAAGCAUAAAGCUGUCCUUUUCAAACAGCUGUAAUAUUUUCAUAUUUUGAGAGCUCUGUGGGCACAGAAAGUAGUGAGGUCAGUCUAUGAUUUGUGGUGACAGUUUCAUUUGCAGUUUGUUCCCAUGAAACAUGAAAUUAAAGCAUCAUUUUUCUCCACAGCAAUAACAUUACAAAACAUCCAGUUUGCAAAGUCAGAAUUUGUCUGUUCAGUUUGCAGCUAUGUUGCAAAUGCUGUAAAGGAGUGUAAAUCAAAUAAAAUUCUACAUCCUGA